GGGCGACGGCAGCCCUACGGGCUCGGGGCGCGGGGGAGCACGUGUCCCGCCCGCUGCGCCGAAGCCCCACUCGUGGACCGCGGCCGCACUGCACCAGCGGCCUGCCUUCCGCCCUCGUGCAAGCAACCGGGUGGCCGUGCGGCGCUCCCCCGCGCCAUGCCCCGUGCACAACAGCCCUGCGAGGCAGGCUGGGCCGAGUGUGAGUGGCUGGCCGGCCCUGCGCACCGGGCGAGCUCCGUGGCCAAGGGGGGCCGGCGGCAGGGGGGCUCUGCCAGUGCACUCACCACUAUGCCGGGCAGCCCCCCUGCUUUUGUGUAGGGACGUGGUUUGUCCCCUUCGGAGAAGAGGGGUGUUUUUGUGAAAUAUGAGGCCAGUGAGACUCGGUGCCCCCCCAGUCGCCCUCGGGGUCACAGGUCAGGGCGCUUUCCUGGCCUGGGCGCCGGCGGGGCAGGGGACCGGCCCUGCGGGGCAACAUGAAGCCUGGGAAGGGAGGGUGCUGCAGGCAGGGGGCACGCAGAUUACCCAGGCCACGGUGUGCCAGCCCCCGGAGGUGCGGGUAGCCUCCCCCGGGGGGCCCUCAAGCAGCGGGGGCAGAUCGGGGCUGCGUUUGAGCCAGCAAUGUGAGGCAGCUGCAGGAAAGGGCCAGCGCUGCUUCGGGCUGCGUGGAUGGAAGCCUCCCUUCCAGACCUUGGGAAUUGCUAGUUCCCUCGGCACUGGCUAGGCCUCGCCUGGAGCCCCGUGUCCGGUCUGGGCACCAUCGCUGGGGGAAGAUGCCGACCAGCUGGCCUGAGGAGGACGGCCGGGAUGACCCGGGACUGGAGGCAAAGCCCAAGAAGAGAGGUGGAAGCUGGGCGCGCUUGGCCUCGAGGAGAGGAGAGGACAGGAGACUGCGGGGGGGGGGGAGCCCCUGCGAGUGCUUGAAAGGCUGCCAAAAGAGGAAGUGCAGGAUCUUUUCUCGAUCAGGAGGCGGAAUAAAUGGCUGAACUUAUUCAGGAAGCCAGAAAAAUUUCCUGACUAUCAGAGCAGCACGACCGUGGAACCAAAGACCUGGGGAGGUGGGGGGCUCCCCCCCGCCCGCUGGCAGCCCUCUCAGAGGGAUGCGCUGAGCACUGGGCUGGGCCAGGGGCCCUCUGGCCGCUUCCAGCUCCCCUCCAUGAUUCUCAACUGCCUCGUUGCUCCCGACACUCGCCCCACGCUGGCUGGCUGGCUUUGGGCAGAAUGGGCUCUCCAGCCUCAUUUCCCCAUGUGCAAAAUGGGAACAUGAGUGAUUUCUUUCAGAGGGGGCUUGUUUUGAUGAGAUCCGACUUAGAAAGCAUCUGGAAAGAGAUGAGAUGGUGAUCCUAGUUAUGCGGACGAUGCUGCUUUUUCAGCCUGGGGCUGUGCAGGAGGUUUGCGGAUCGCCGAGGGGAGAACCGCAGCGCGGUGCACGGCGGCAGCCGCCUCUGCUGGCCGGUGUUCCCGGCUCCCAGCCGUGGCAGGUGUGGCGGGGCUUAGAGCAGGGGAAGCACCCGAGGGUGCGAUCACCUCCGAGGCCCACGGCCACCAGGGCGGCCUUGGUGUCCGUGGCUGGAGCGUGGGCGGGACGGACCAGGAGUGUCCCGCUGCGGCGUCCGCCCGGUGGCCGGGCACGGGGUGCUGCCUCCCGGGGUGAGUGCCAGGCGCGCCUGAGCCUGCCCUGCAGUGGCGGUGUCCGAGGGCGGACUGAGGCUGCUUUUCUGUCCGGCGUGUCCCGCACACAGGCCAUGCCUCCCAAGACAGAGCAGAUCUGCAGGACCGAGCGAGGAGACGCGCCGUGGGCCCUGGAUCUCCACCGGGACGGGGAGGGGGAAGCCCCGGGGAGCCGCAGUUCCGCCGGCGGGAGCGGGCAGGAGCCCGAGAUGGAGGGCGAGGCCGGGCGCUGUAGCACACCUGCGUCUCCCCCCUGGGGGGCCCCGGGCCCCGACUGCCACUACCUGGCCGUGUGCCCCAGCCGGUGUGAGGUGCAGCUGACCGACGUGAGGAGCCUGCCGUGGGGCCGCUCCGAGGGCGGCUGGGGGCUCCCGUGCUGCGACGGGCUGCUCAUCUGCGGGAAGUGCGGGAGGAGCUUUGCGGACCCGGGGGCCCUCCGGGACCACGGGGCGCUGCACGCGGAGGGGGCGGGCCCCUUCCCGUGCACACAGUGCGGGAAGGGCUUCCAGUACCGCGCCAACCUGCUCACGCACAAGAAGCGCCGGGGCAAGCGGCCGCACGCCUGCACCCAGUGCGGGGCCCCGUUCUGCCUCCGGGGGGACCUGCUGCGCCACCGGGCGGGCCACACGGCCGAGGGCCUCCCCCCCUGCGGCCCCUGCGGCCCGGCCUUCCGCCGCAACAGACGCCUGCCGGCGCAGGGGGCCGAGGGCGCCGCGGAGGCCCCGCGCCGGUGCGCCGACUGCGGCGAGGCCUUCGGCAGCGACUCGGAGCUGCUGCGGCACCAGCCCGCCCACGAGGGGGACCGGCCCUUCGCCUGCGCCCAGUGCGGGGAGAGCUUCAGCUGGAAGGAGAGCCUGCAGAUCCACCGGGGCCUGCACGCCCAGGAGGGGGGCUUCUCCUGCGACGCCUGCGGGAAGGCCUUCAGCCGCCGGGGCAACCUGCUCACGCACCAGCGGCUGCACAGCGGCGAGCUGCCCUUCUCCUGCGCCGACUGCGACCGCCGCUUCCCCAGCAAGGCCGGCCUCGUGGCCCACGGCCGGCUGCACCGCCGCGGCCGGCCCCUCUCCUGCCCGCACUGCGGGGGCGGCUUCCCCUCGGAGGAGGCGCUCCAGGAGCACCGGGCCUCCCACAGCGGCCCGGAGGAGGCGCCGGCCCAGGAGUGCGCGGAGCCGUAGCUGCAGCUGCUCCGGCGGUGGCCUCGCG